UGAGAGACGGACGAACACACACACAGACAGACAGAGAAGAGCUCAAGAUGGAAGGAGGUGCAUACGGAGCUGGCAAGGCAGGCUCUGAUUUGGAUCUCGUCUCAUUCCUCAAGCAACCCCAAACCAUCCUCCGCAUCCUCAGUUGGGUUUUCUCCAUCGUUGUAUUUGCUUCUAUUGUGAACGAAGGCUACCUCAAUAAAGACAGUGAUAUUCUUUACUGUGUUUUCAACAAAAACAACAACGCCUGCAACUAUGGCAUUACAAUUGGUGUCAUAGCGUUCUUCGCCUGCAUCCUGUUCCUCACGCUGGAUCUCUACUUCCCACAAAUCAGCAGCGUAAAGGAUAGGAAAUACGUUGUACUUGGAGACCUGGGAUUUUCAGGACUGUGGACGUUCUUGUGGUUUGUAGGCUUCUGUUUUUUGGAAAAUCAGUGGCAGCUCACUUCAUUGAAGGACCUUCCCCUUAACCAAGGUGCUGAUGCUGCUCGAGCUGCCAUAGCCUUCUCCUUCUUUUCCAUUCUGUCCUGGGCUGGCCUAACCCUGAAGGCAUGGCAGAGGUACCUCCUGGGGGCUGACUCAUCCCUGUUCUCCCAAGAUCAGUUGGACACUGGCCAUCCUCCAUACAGCACCGGAAUUGAAAACGCAGACACCUUUCAGAGUCCACCGUUUGCUGAAAACCUGGAUGCAGUCUCCUCGGGAUAUCAGAUGCCCCCAUAUUAAAGGCUGAAGGCCUUGCUUGACGUUUUAAAAACACAGUGUCUCUUACAUUGGCCUAGAUAGUUUUCUGAUCCAGACUAUCAAAUAUCCGAUCUGAUCUCAUUGCCUCAGCCUAUCAUGCGAGCCCUUUGCUCAAGCUGCGAGAUGCGAAGUCAGCCAAAAAGCACCCAGUCGACUUUCUUGGUCAGUGAUUGUGGGUGAUUUUCACAAAGUUUAAGUAAAACGUUUCAAUAGUCUUGAAGGAUUUUAUCAAGAUGCAUUGGAGAUUUGAUAUUUAAACUGAAAGCUAUGUGGGCCAAUGAAAAAGGGAUGCUGGAAUACAGAUACUUUAUCUGUGGUGCAGUGUUGUUCACUGGUUGGUUAGCUGCAAGAGUGCUAAAGUGCUGUUGAAGAUCAUUAGGCUUUUUGUGUGCUAAACUGAUGUAAGGUAACCUUUCUUUUAGAUAAUAGUGCAGUGUACUCACUAUAUUAGUGGUGUUGUCAUUCCUGUGUUAAUUGUAGUGUGCAAUUUGGAAAAGCAGCCUCUCCCAACAUCAUUUAUUUAGUGUUCUUAGAAACCUUCUUCAAUUUAUUUGCCGUACCUGUGAGUUCAUGAUGAGCUGUUCCACAACAUGUGCCAGAUUAUCUAGUUGUCUGUAGCUGUAUAAAGCUUUAACUUGUUAAUCUUCAGAGCCAAGUGGGGAUGUAGACUUAAUCCUUACUCCUGCUUACGUUUAAUUGCAUUGGUGACAAACAUAUAAACAUGAAUAGAAGAACUUCAAAACACAUCAGCUGAACUUUUCAAUCGGUACCAUCGGAAAUAUUUUCAGAUACACUUUUAUAUGUGUGAGUGCAGAUGUCUUAUGAUACAAAUGAGCAGCAUAUUACUCAAAAGUGAUAUUGGUUGUAACUUAGUAAAACUUAGUGCCCCUCGCUAUAUAAUCUAAGGUUCGUUGUGUGUCUUUUGUAUAGUAAUCUCAUUCUUAUUAUAGGUUACUUUAUGGAAUUGAACAUAAGCAAAUUUAGAGUAAAUUGUGGAUAACCAGGGGGUUAAACUCACUGCAUACCAAGGGACAGGGUCUUUCAGACCUCCCCGAGUGCGCCCAAAUUAUUCAGAAAAUGUGACGUCAACGUGUGCUUGAGCCCUUCUAACUAGGAACAUCUGAAUGUAAUAAUGUACGAGACAUCCUUUUGAGAUGUGUGUGUAUAUAUACUGCCAAUCAGGUAAGUCUCAACUUACAAAUUGAACUUUAGCCUUUUCACCAGCAUGAAAGCUUUGUACAACAAAAUAAUGCAGAACAAUAAAAAGUGCAAUUUUGAUUUUGUUACUAUCCCUGUGAGGGAGCCAUAAACCAAAAUAUAGAAAUUGACCAAAUGACACCCUCCCCUCAUUCCCAAAAAAAACUGAAGAAGCUCUCAAAAUAAAAACCAAAAGAACUGCGGAUGCUGUAAGUCAAAGUCACUCAACCCAAAAUGUUAACUCUAGUUUCUCUCCAUUGAUGCUGCCAGCCCUGCUGAAUUUUUCCAGCAAUUUCUGUUUUUGUUGUUGAAGAAAUUAUCAACAAGAUUUCACUCACAUGUAACUUUUACAUUAAUGUGAUGCAAAUUGCACAAGCUAAUUACACUUCGAAUAAGAAGGUAAAUUUCACGUUAAAUAGCUGAUAUAACAAGAUAUAUUUUGCAUGACCAUAAUCAAUCACAUCAUCCCCACUCCCUGCAGCAGUGGAAUGCUAUUUACUUCUUGUUACACAAAAUUCUAUACUUUAUCCAUAUAGAAGAGGUCAGGGAAACAAUACAACAGGUUUCAUCUUUGAAUUUCACAGGUCUGCUUAUCAUCAGCAAGGCACACUUCUACAAGCCUCUUUUUCUUAGAUCGUAACAUUCCUGAUGGUGUAAAUUUCCAGAGUUCUUUUUCAACUGAGCCAAUAGCACCCUAAUUCGCAGUUUGUCUGCUUGUUGGAAAAUGCCCUGUUCCUUUGUGUAACUGAGUUAUUCCCAGCGCUCUCCGAUCCUAACCCUUUUAGCCAGCUGACAGAGUACCUGCCAGAAUCCCUGCCUCCUUUGCUACCAAACAGGAAAGACUCUUUCUUGUAGCAUUGCUGCUUUGUUUUGUGAUAAACAGCUUACUUUCCUUAUUUCUACAAAGCCAAACUUAAGUAAAUAUUCUUUGAUUGUAUAAAUGUUUUAUAAAAGGUAAUAAAAAUUGCCACUCAUCGAAUAGAUAAAACUUGAUUUGUUUCUGUAAAAACAUUGUUAAGGACAUGUUUUGUCUGCAUCGGCUGCAGUGGUAUUUUAACACAUCAGUCAAAAUAACUCCUAUCCAUUAGAAACAGCAAAUUGAUGCAUUAUCUGCAAUACAAGUCCCAAAGGCCAAUAAAAUGCAAGGAAUAUUUUAAAAAAAACAGCAAUCUCAGGAAACAUUCUUAGGAGAUUUCGACCAGACUUCAAAUGCUUUCAAGUGAAUUUGUAGAGCUUUACGUUACAGAUAACAUAACCGUAAAUAGCAUAAAAAAAGUUCUUUCAGACAUACCCUUUCACAUUAGUCACUUGUUUGCAUUAAGGGCUAUGGAAGAGAGUGUCCCACCCUACCCAACGAUCAGAUUUCUUUCCUCUUGCAAAUAGAGUGAGUAAACAUAUAUUCCAAAAGUUUGUUCAGCGCUUUGCAUCCAUUGUAACCCUGGAUAAGAUAUUCCACAUGUUUAUCAAUUUCUACAUGAAUAUAUUUUAACUGUGUUUCUACCUUAUUGUAAUUGUGCAUUCAUGUUUUCUGACCUAAUCUGAAUACAUGGCAAGUCUGAAAAACAAUAUCUUUUAUAAAGGUGACGUUGCAGAUUGAAUUUGUGAUAAAUAUCAACGCCUUCUUCCCCCCCACUCUCAAACAUGGUUUGUGGUAGCAGUUUCCACUUUGCUAAACUUUCCAUCUUUACGUUCCUUUCUCCUAAUGUUGCCCCAGUUGGAAAGAAGCAACACCCCAGCAGUAAUGCUAUAUUGCAGUUCAUUUUUGUAGUUUCUGAGACAGGUGUCUCCAAAAGUGGUAGCGAGUACAAUUAGUCAAACAGAAUGUUAGUGGCCAUGAAGUAGUGGAAAGUUUGCCAGGAAAACCAAUAUAGAAGCAGCUUCUCCCUGAAACUACUUUUAGGCUGCAGCUGGAAAGUGCCAGUAAUAAUUUUUAAGGUUUUAUUUUAAACAAAGCUGCAAAUUAACAUCACAGUGAGAUUUGAAAUGAAUAGUAGUUAUUAACAUGCCACCGAAUUUAUCCUUUAAUUUCACUAUCUUGUAUAAAUACAUGUGAAGUUUUUCUUUUGGGACUAUUUUAUUCACACAUGUGACUGUAGCUGAUUGGUUAGGUAUCACUAUCCGUCAAACCUAUUCCUGGAGCAAUGUGACCUAUGAUUUUUACCCUGUAAAUGAUGAUGUUUGUUGUCACAGUAAUCCUGUUCUGAGCUUAAUUCCAAAAUUCUCUGGAAAUUAAUUUAAAGAUACUGCAGUGAGUGUAAUGACAGUUCAGAGACCCUGUGAAGCUAAUUAGUCAUAUGACGUACCUCAUCUGCAUGAAUUAAAUAUUGGGCAUGACCUGAGUCAUAGAUAUGAGUCUUAACCAUGAGCACUUGAUCAGAAAGUUAAGGAGGCAGUCAGCUGCUGUUUUCUGGAAUAUUCUGAGUCACAGUUUUGUUUUAACUAACUCACCUCAGUGCUGAAACUAGUAACUACCAAAAAUUGCAGCAAACGCAGACAUCUUUUUCCCUUUUCGUGGAUGUGAAAUGGGAUGGAGAAAAUGAUCAAAUUUCUGGAAUUGUGUCCUACAUUUCAGUGACAUCUGAGGCCCAUCUGCACUUCCAGCACUGCAUUGGGUCAUGGUCUGACCAGUUUCUGCAAAGCGGGUGUUUAAGACCAGUAAUGUUAAGGCAAGUUUUUUUUAUGGUAUUACCUUUGUGUGUGGUGCAGAAUGAGCAGGAGUGCUGCUGACAACACAGCUUAUCUGCGGGACCAUGAAGGGUUCUUGUGACAUAGUGGUAGCGUCCCUACUUCUGCGCUAGGUGGUCGAAUCCCACCUGCUCCAGACCAGUGUUAUAUAACAUUGAUAAAUAAUUCAAACCCAGAAGAGAUUCCAAUGAGGACAGAAAUAUCAAUAUGUGGGAAUGUAUCUCCUUAAUCCUUUCUCUUCCCAUGUACAAGCAGGUGCUUCCCAGGCCAUCCCUGUGGCAACCCCAACAAGGUGUUAGCUAAGAAUUGUUUUUCUUAAAAAUCAUGGAAGCGCAGAGCUAUUAAUUAACUUGAAUUGAUGACUUUGAAAUUACAUAUUUGAAUGCAGUCACCUGCACAAUAUUUUUUCAGUCUCGAGUGGUUACAAUACCAACAAAUGUGCAGUCACCACUGAUUUAAUAGGGACUGAACCUUACAAUAAACACCUUUUCCUGGAUUCUUUUUUGUUUAUUCAUAAACGGGAUGAGGGCAUCACUGGUUAGCCCAGCAUUUCUUGCCCAUCCCUAAUUGCCCAGAGGACAGUUCAGAGUCAACCUCAUUGCUGUGGGUCUGGAGUCACAUGUGGGCCAGACCAGGUAAGGAUGGCGGUUUCCUUCCCUAAAGGACAUAGCGAACCAGAUGAGUUUUUUUCCAAACAAUCAACAAAGGAUUCAUGGUCAUCUUGAAUUCAAAUUAAAAAAAAUUGGAAUGAACUUCCACCAUCUGCCUUGCCAGGAUUUGAACAUGGGUCCCGGGAGCAUGAACUGGCUUUCUGGACUAACAGUCUAGCAAUAAUACCACUAGCUAUACUCGCCAUUUUGGCAUGUAGAUUGUUGCAAAUGUCCCAGGAAAUUGCCGUGCAGCAUGAGGAUCGAUGUAACUCGCUCACACCGUUAUUUCCUGGUGCACUCCAAAAGCGACAACAGACAUGCCAUUUAGCAUCAUCAAAUUCCUUUGCUCCAGAAUAAAGGUGAAACUGUUUUCCCGUUUGGAUCCUGUCCAGGGAGAUUCUCUGAGUCACUGUUAACUUGAUUGACUGUGAAAUGAAUUUAGGUGUCCUCCCGCCAUUGACCCAUUGUCUGCAUAUGCAUUGAAUUCAAAAUCCAUAUUCUUGUUUUUAAAUGCUGCAGGGCAAGCUCAUGCCACUCUGUCCCUGUAAUGUCCCCCAUUGCUGCUUUCAGUUCUGACAUUCUGUGUACUUAUGCCUUUCCCCUACUGCAGUGUCAGUGACAUAUGUCUAAACUCUGAAACACUCCUUCAGAUUGCCGCUAUAGGAAGACUUCUCUCAAAAUUGAACUCCUUGAGUCAUUUCCCAUUCCUUUACUUAUACAGCCCAAUGCCGCCUUCCCUGUUCUACUCUACAAAGCACCUGUUGAACAUUUACUCUUAAGUGCUCGAAAAGUGAAAGCUCUUGAUAGCUUCUCAAAGCUUUGUUAGUUUGCCUUUAAGUUUCUGUAAGCGGUUUACCAUAGUGCCAAAACAAGAAUGCACCAAGAUUCAUCUUUGAGUGAACAUUAACAUAAGCCAUUUGUUGUAGUGAAUGAAUUCUCGUGGGUCAAAUUCCACUGUGUGUCACACUUAUGCCAAGAAUACGGCCUUGUCUUUGGUGAGCUGGAUGAGUAACUGCUUACUGGAUAAUUGUAAAGUUUUUGCUUAACCCUUCAUGACCCCUUAUUUGUACAGUCGUGCUUUUAUUGGUGCACUGCAUUUUCUGAACUUUCUGUUACUUUCCUUGUGUAGCUCGCUGAUAACACCCACAAACUAAUUGUUGCCAAACUCAAGCACUUGUGAUAUUUCAUGGAUAAGUGCAAAUUCUGUUAUUGUUUUGUUCUAUAUCGUUGCAGCAUACCGAAGAUGCUAUGAAAUGGUCACAUUGUCAGAAACAACUUUGUAGUUUCAUGUUUCACUUGUAUUUUCUUCUUAAUUUCAAUUGUUUUCUCUGAGUUAAAGGUUUCCAUUUUGAAAUGAUCAAGCUGAAGCCACAAUUAUGGUGGAGCACCACCCAUCCAAUAAAAAGUCCAUUGAAACUCCACAAUGUGUAUGCCGACUGAGAAUUCAGUGUAAGAAAAAAUAACUUAGGCUUUUUGUUUAAAAAGAAAUGUAACCAAAUGGGUUGACUGAUUAAUGAGGAAAGGAUAAAUAAUUCCAACCCAGAAGAGAUUCCAAGCUGGUGCACUUUGCGGUUAAACCCCUCUUCACUGAAGAUCACAGUCAUAAAGUAUGCUACAGUAACAGUGAUGUUUAUACUGUGUUAAAAUGUACAAAAUGAGUGAUGUAUGGAAAGCAAAGUACAAAAAUUAAAAGUGAAUAGACUGUAUUUACAUUUUUGUUUACUUGUUCUCAAAGAACGUUCUGUUAUUGUGACGAUCAGUGAUCUUGUGCUGGUGUGCAAUAAAUUCUCAAUAAAGACGUGUCAGUACACAUGA